UAAGUUUUCUUGAGUUCACUUUGAUUUUUUAGCUUUGCUUAGUUUGAUAACACACAGAGAGCCUGUUAAGUGUUAACCAACAAAGGAUAAUACCAGCAACCAAAAUUCAUGCCGUAAACAGAUUCUGCAGCGACUGAAAUCAUGACAUAACAGAUUCUGCAGCAGCUUAAAUCAUCCCAUAACUUCUACAGAUGAACAUAAUUAGGAUACAGAGAAUCGUGCAGCAGCUGAUCUUUCUAUUUUACAUUCUUCUUACACCAAAAUUGUCCUUCAAUUUGAGCUCCCCUGAACUUCAUUAAAUACAAGGGAUUUGUAUGUAUAUAUAUAUAUAUAUAUCUAUCAAAAAAUGUAUCGACAAAAAAAAUUGACUCACCAGACAAGCAAGGUAUACCAUGCACUCGCUAUCCACUUGGAGCUUCAAAAUCCAACUUUCAUGCGUAGCAGAAAAAUUCAAGUUGCCCUCAGCAAUUUGCAGUUUAAAAGGCUUUAUGGUACCAAGGAUAAAUAAAAAAAAGCGGGGAGUGGGGGGGGGGAGGUGGUGGUAACUAUGAAUUUGAUAUAUAUAGUUCUUCUUUGUCCUAACCUGAAUCAUAUCCAAGUGGGGUUAACUUAUAUCCUUCUACUAUUCUGGAUAGACUCGAGCAAACCAGAGUCCAUUGAAACCCCCGUUUCUUUUUGCCAGGUCAGAUGUUUCAUGGCACACGGUUUUUUCGUUUUUUUUGUCGGUUACGCCGCCUCGCCGCUGUUCUGUUCUAAACCCUGGUUUUAGCAAGUCACUGUUGAAAUCGCAAACUCAAACCCAGAGAGGAUCAGAUACUUCUGGAAACUAGUUCAUCCCCUUUCUAUUCGCCUGCGUACCCUUCUCUUUCAAUAGACAAUAUAGCUCUUUUGAAUUGAUCAAUGGCUUGUAUAAAUACCCAUUCGGAUAAGAAAAUGUUUAUUACAACAGUAGCGAUCAUUUUACUUGUAGCCCAUCAAAUGCCUCAAAAACUCAAAUUGAUGAUUCUGGUUGCUUAGCGUUAUGCAUCGCUGACACAAACCUAGUUGUUGCCCCACAAAGGUCACUCUACUGUACAGUUGCCAGUUGCCGCUGUCUUUAACGCUCCCCAGUACCAGCCAUUAGCGGUUACCUGCUUGCCACGUGGCAAAUUCCGAUGCCACCGCCAGUCACUGAGAAGUUCCAUCCUUUGUUUUCUUCCCGCGCACGAUAACGGCUUAAAUUAUUCCUCUUUUGCUUCGCUCUUUAUAUUUCCAAUUUUCCACGAAACUCGAUCUGCACUUUGUUCUCUUGUACAGAUCGAGUACUUGCAACUCCGUUCCAAAUGAGACUAAAGAUUAAUCUCAGCCGUACGACGAUCACUCCCUGUCUGCUCCUCUUGUUUCUCUCGCCGCUGCCCCACCGUGCCAAUGCACAGUCGGCCACGGAUUCACCCUCUAUGAACGUUCCGAGCCAAAAUUUCAGCCAGUCGAUGGCGGUGGUCAUCGCGUUCCUCAUGUGCGCCUUCUUCUUCUUGGCCUUUUUCUCCAUCUACUGCCGCGAGUGCUUGGACUCACGCGCCGCCGAGGCCCAUACCACCGGCCAAACGAACAGGUCCAGACACAACGGUCUGGACCCGGCCGUGAUUGAGACCUUUCCAAUCCUCGUCUACUCCGUGGCCAAAGAGCUCAAAAUGGGCAAGGGAGCUCUUGAGUGCGCCGUGUGCUUGAGCGAGUUCGAAGACUACGAAACGCUGCGUUUGCUGCCCAAGUGCAGCCACGUGUUCCAUCCCGAUUGCAUCGACGCCUGGUUAGCAUCCCGCUCGACGUGCCCGGUUUGCAGGGCUAAGCUCACACCAGUUGAGCUCGCUCCCAAGGCGGCGCAAUCGACCGAGUCGAUUCAGCAGAACUCGGCGUCAGAAAACGGUGAGGGAGAACACGACGACGUUUUGAUCAACGUUGAGGAUGAUCGUAUGGGAGACUGUCCAGCGAGGACGAGAAUAUCGGGGAAGUUCCCGAGGUCGCACUCGACGGGUCACUCACUGGUUCAACCGGGAGAGAACACAGAGAGGUACACUCUGAGAUUGCAGGAGGAGGUGAGGAAGCAGAUCGUGGUUAGUGGGAAGCUGAAGCGGUCGAGUAGCUACAACGUCAUACUGGGCAGGGAAGGGUGUAGCGGAGGAAAGAAUAGCUGUGUGGACCGGCAGGUUGGACGGCCGGACUGGUGGGUGUUCUCGAGGACGCCGCCGUUUGUUGCCGUUAAGUCUCCGAAGUUGGGCGCGGAGGGCCAGGGGAGUGUGACGAUUGGGAAGAGCUUCUUGACGUCCGUUAAGAUGCCGUUAGAUUGUCUUGGCGUAAAGGCCGAGGGAGUGGAAGAAUCGUCGAUUCCGUCCCCCGUUUGAGUGUGGAUCAUUGUAAACUAAAACGAUACUUCUGUUCUAUGUAUAUACUUGUCUUCCCAUUACUUUAUUGCUCUCAGGCAUUUUUUAUA